UUCAACUUAUUUCUCAUACAUAUUAGGUUCAUCGACUACAACUAUGUUCUUGGCCUAGACUAUAGUGCAGCAACUGAUUGCUAGAAAUGGGGGGACUUCAGGUGAGUAUUGUGAUGACUCCCUUUGUACAACUGUGGGGGAGACCAUGGAAUUUGCUAGACAUACUCACAGCAGCUACAGUUUUAGCCCUCCACAGCCUCUGUUUGUUUGCUCCGUUUCAUUUCACCUGGGCUGCAUUUUGGGUGGCCACCGCACUCAUUUUUGUCACCGGUUUGGGAGUCACUCUGGGUUUCCAUAGACUCCUUGCGCACAAGAGUUUGCGGCUUCCCAAAUGGGUCGAGUACUUGUUUGUCUAUUUCGGGGUUCUCGCACUUCAGGGAAGUCCGAUAGAAUGGGUGAGUACACACCGAUACCAUCACCAGUUUACAGACACAGAGAGAGACCCUCACAGCCCCUUGAAGGGUUUCUGGUUUAGUCACAUGGGUUGGAUCCUUGAUAGCACUUCUCGGUUUCGAAAAUAUGGAGGACUGAAGAACGUUGAGGAUAUGAAAAAGCAGUGGUUCUACAGAUUUCUUCAUCGUACAUUCCUUGUACACAUAUUUGUUUUUGGAGCUUUGCUCUAUGCCCUAGGUGGACUACCCUUCUUUAUCUGGGGAAUGGGAGUGAGGAUGGUAUAUGUUUUCCACACCACUUUGCUAGUAAACUCGGCCGGACACAUCUGGGGAAAACAAGUAUGGAACACCGGCGACCUGUCAAAAAACAAUUGGUUGUUGGGAUGGAUUGCACUUGGAGAAGGGUGGCACAACAACCAUCAUGCAUUUGAAUACUCAGCUCGACAAGGUCUGGAAUGGUGGCAAGUCGACUUGACUUGGUAUGUAAUCAGAGCUCUUCAAGCAAUUGGGUUGGCAACUGACGUCAAAGUUCCCACUGAAUCUCAGAUGGGUCGCAAAGCCCUCAAGAAAUAUUGAACUGAAUACCAAUAGUUACAUUAAUUAAUUGCACGCUAUAAUUUCCAAGCUAUUAUAUGUACGCAUGUACGUGGUAGAAGCCUCUGUUAUUUAGUAGUGUAUGGUCAUGAACUAUAUACGAAAACGAGUGUUCAAGCCCUUUCUUUCUAAGAAAGUUGUCUCCAUCGAUCUC